AUGACAAAAGGGGCAGAUCUUAAGAAUUUAACAAAAAAUACUAAGACCACUUCCGCAGAAGCAAAGGCAGUGGGUUUAUCAAACGGGAAUGCAAAGAGCAAUGCCUCCUCAUCAUGUUCCAGUCCAAUUAUUGGUUCGAAACGUUUGAGUGAUUCUCCGGUACCAUUAAAUGAUGAUCCAACCGUUAAUGCCUCAGUAACAGUCACCAAAGAAGAUUUUAAAAAAGCCACAAAAGCUUCAAAUACUACGAAAUCCACAGUAACAAAAUCAUCACAGAACACACUUUCAUCUUCAAAAAAAACAUUACGAGUUAUGUCUGUAAUUCCUGAUGCAUCAAAAACAUCGACUACGCCACCCUUCAAGUCGCGCACUUUACCACUACCUACACAAAACGGAUUAAAAGCGAACUCAUCAAUUCCCGAAUCUUUUACUUCAGAUCUGAUUUUUGAAAAUAAGGCAAAAAGGAUAUCUUCAUCAAAUACAUCUUCAGAAGUGGAUGGAGCUUCUCCAACUGCUCGUCUCGCGUCAGCGGACGUUCAUGGCAGAUUUUCACCUGUUUUAAAAUCAGUUAACGUCAAAAAUACAAUUGCCACAUUAGAAAAAAAGGUGACACAAAAUGGUAGCUUUUCAGCAACAAGUAGCGAGAUUUCUCCAACUACAACAAAUUUUACAGUCACCUCAGAUACAAAUUUAGAAGAUAUGGACAUGGAACAAUUAGAACAAUUGUUCCUUAAUGGAACGCGGUCCCCGUCGAUCGUAUCAAAUUAUUCAUCAAAUGCUCCUUGGAAGUCGGAUAUUCCUCUCGAGUUAUCUGAUGUAUCAUGGAAAAGUGAUGAUAAUACGUAUGAUAAUACUCGGGUGACUUCAGUAGCAACGAACUAUCAUUUUACUGAUCCAGAUGAACAGUUGCGAACUGGUUUGUCUAUGAUACAGGAAGCUUACAAUCGCAAAUCUUUAUCGGUUUCCUCUAAUUUAUGCGAUGGAGACAAAGGAAAG